AUGAUAACAACGGAACGGCAGACUGUUUCUGCAAAUGAAGUACUCCCUGAAACCGCCCAAAAUUUCCCAAAAACCACCCACUCCGGGGAGGAUGAUAAAGCGGACAGCGCUUGCUACGGGUUUGGUGCAUUCCUUCGCCACGCUACCGGACAUGACGUCCGCUGCUUUGCAUCCUUCGACACGUUCGUACACCGAUGCAUGUACCGCCGUGUGGAUGGUGCCGCCCUGGGCAUUGCACGGGCCCUGUUCGGACUGGCCAUGCUAAUCGACAUCCCCGAGGAACGCGGCGGUGGCGAUUUGGAUCUUCGCUGGGGCGAACCGCGCGACUGCCGGUUCCCGCUUAUCCACGCGAUGGAACCAACACCGGCGCUGCCGAAAAUGGGCAUCAUUUACGGAUUGAUGUGGCUCGGUGCGGCAGGCAUUGCGGUUGGCUACCGGUUCCGGACAUCCGCGGCCAUCUUCACCGGCACGUAUUGGUAUGUUUUCCUGCUGGAUAAAAGCGCCUGGAACAAUCACAGCUAUCUGUACGGGUUGCUCGGAACGAUCUUCCUGUUCACCGAUGCGAAUCGAUGCUGGUCGUUUGAUGCAUGGCACAAUCCACCCGGAGCGCAAACGGUUCCCUUCUGGAACUACUUCAUCCUCAAGUUUCAGUUCUUUGUGCUUUACUUUGUGGCCGGCUUGAAGAAGCUUUGCCGCGAAUGGUUAUCCGGCUAUGCCAUGACCAAUCUCAGCUAUCACUGGGUGUUCUACCCAUUCCGUGCACUGCUCGGACCGCACCUUACCGAUCUGCUCAUUGUCCACUGGUUCGGAUGCAUCUUCGAUACGACGGUGGUGUUUUUCCUGGUUUACGGUCCCACGCGCAAGCUGGCCACCCUGUUCGCGAGUGCAUUUCAUCUGAUGAACUCCCGGCUCUUCCACAUCGGUAUGUUUCCCUGGGUGUGUCUGUCCCAGCUGCCACUAUACUACAGUUUUAGCUGGCCGCGAAGAACUCUGCUUGCGGACGGUGCGCAAACAACAUUCAAAAAUGAACCUACGGAUGAACACACGUUCCGCAGGGAGGGAAACCCCACACCCAACCGUCGCCGCCGACAGUGGACAAUGGUGGCGAUGUUGGCGUACUGCUCACUGCAGCUCUUUCUACCCUAUUCACAUUUCCUCACCAAGGGGUACAACAAUUGGACGAACGGUUUGUACGGUUACUCGUGGGAUAUGAUGGUACACGCCUGGGACACGAUCAUGAUCGGCAUACGGGUAGUGGAUCGUCAGAACCCGGACCGGGUUCAUUACGUCGAGCCGUUCGCUUUUACCGAUAACGACCGCUGGACGAAACAUGCCGAUAUGGCCGUCCAAUUCGCACGCUGCAUCGAACGAAACGUUCAGCAGGAAGCGCCAAAGCUGUGGACCACCCGGCCGGGUGUACCACCACACCCAAACGUUUCCAUCCAUUUCGACAUUUGGUGCAGCAUGAACGGACGAUUUCAGCAGCGUAUAUUCGACCCCAAUGUGGACAUACUGCAGGCACCGUGGUCACCGUUCGAGCCGGUCCAGUGGGUACUACCCUUGCUGCAUCAGUUUAGCGCACUGCGCGAUACGCUGAUACGGCGCAAAACGGAUGAAGUUCUUGGCUGGAGCAAUCACUCGGACGUACUGUUCAUUGCCGACUUUCCCGGCCUAACGCUGCGCAACUACGUGGGAGAUGAUUUGUACAACGUGUCACUGACCGUACUGCAGGGUAGCGUCCGCUACGGGACGUCCCCGGAUCAGGACGCGCCAGCAAGUUCGGUCAUCCUCCAUACGGGACAGAGUGCUUCACUUCCAGCGGGUACCUUCCAUGCGGUUGAAACGAUCGGCGAGGAACCAUCCUGCUACAUGUACACGUACGUCAACCGUACCAAGGAGCUGGAGACCAUUCGGAAUGGGCCGGAUGCGAAAUCGCACCCCGCUAUGCUACCGCUCGGUGACGAGUUGCUGCAUCGCUGGGAGAACUUUGUUCGCUUUCUGCAGCAUGUGGGAAAUUCGGCCCUGUAUGAACUGUACGGUGUACCGAUGCCAAGACGCCUGAAGGAACUCGUUGCUGAUGGUUAG